AAGCCGAAGUCCACCAGUCGAAACAUGCAUGUAUAAUAGUUCAGAAAAAUGAUCAUUACCUUAGCAUUGCUUAGAUAUAAAUUGAAAUUUAAAAAAAUCUACAAGACAAACAAAGGCCAUAUUCUAAAGUUCCUGAGUUAGGGCAGGCACAAACAUUUGAAUGAAUAAUGAACAAUGAGUUAAACAAAAACUAUAAAAGAAGAGACAAAACUUAAACUAAAAAAAAGUAGGCAAAACUUAAGCUUAAAAAAAGUAUGCAACAGAACAUUUACCUAGGAUGGAAAAGUGUCUAAUUUGCAUGUUUUUUUUUUUAGAAUCCGAAGAGAGGGAUGACAGUGAGGAGGAGGAUGAAAUUGGGGAACCAAUUAGACUAAUUAAUAAGACCAAUGAACCUGAGCUUAUAGAACACAUAGAGCCUUCCAUGUCUAAGCAGAAAAGAAAGAAAGGCAAAACGCAUCAGAAAAUACAGGCUGCAAAACCCAAAUUGAUCUAUGAUUCAAAAGAAACAAAUGAAACAGAGAAGGAUGUCACUGAGGAAGUGAAUACUGAUAUUAUUGAACCUGUGCUGUCUGAACCUAUAGAGCAGAUAGCCAUUAACAAUCAAGACCAGCAAGGUGCUACAGAAAGAGAUGACCAAGAUAUGCCAAUCAUUAAAGCCCCAGCAAAAAGGAAACGAAGAAAUAAUAAAAAAAUAGAUCAAAGAACUCUUUCCAAUGACCAUAUAGACCAGGAUGUAUCACAAGACGUCCAAAAUGAUUCAAAUUCCCAAUCAGAUCACGAUGUAACUGCAGAGAAAGAUACAGAAAAAACAUGGGAGAUAAACUCUUAUUAUGCAGUUGCAUUUGAGGAUCGAUGGUAUCCUGGAGUGGUGACUGCCAUCCAAGGAGACAAUAAGGACUGGGCAUCCAUAAAAUAUAUGCACCCUAGUGGUGAAAAUUUUAAAUGGCCCGGCAAAGAAGACUCUGCAUUAGCACACAUAAAUGCCAUGCUCUGCAGGGUCAAUGUUAAUAUCUUGGCAAAUGGUCGUUUAUGGACAGUGUCCAAUAUUGGCAAAAUUGAUAAUUUAUACAAAAGUCAAUCAGAACUACAAAUUGUUGAAAUUGAUUAUCAAUAG